GGCCGGGGAAACCACAAAGUUGAUCUUACACGUAACGUCCCUCAGAUUUACACUACCCGGCAGCCUCAGAUGAUCGUUGUCUGAAUCGCUUCACCGGCCACCUGACUGGAACUUACCUUCGACUUGGCCAAGCAGCGAUGCAUGUUGUUCGAGCCCUGAGCAACUAACAAUCACCUAAGCCAUGUCUAGAGGCCCGCUGCCUUCUCAGCUUUGUCUCCUGUCAGACUUGCCGUCUCGACCACAGGGCGAUAAGGUCAGAUUUCUCGGCUGUGUAACUGCGUACUCGACGCACUCAGCUGUGCUCACUCUAGAGCACAGCUUCCCCAAAGGAUCCAAUAUCAGUGUAUUGGUCGACGUUCAACUCUUACUCAGUACCAUGCCUUCAAAUCAGACACGCGUCGGCGAGUGGGUGAAUGUGGUUGGCUAUCUCACGCCCGCUCCCCCGGGAACCUGGGCCAAAGGGACGACCCGUGAACCACGUAUAGCCGCCGUCCAGGCACUGAUGCUCUGGUCCGCUGGCCCUCUUAAUCUCCAGCGAUACGAAGCUUCCUUCGCAACGACUUGAAGUAGAGUCUAGAUGAGUCUAUGCCGCCCGUUGGGGAAGACGAGGCAUACCAUCUACUACCAUAAGCUGCCGCCUGACCUGAGAGGAAGCGGACAUUGGCCUUGGUAAUAAUGUAGGCAGACGUGUCAUGCUCAACACCGCAACCAGGCUCUCGUGUCUCGUCCAAUUCGUCACGCAUGCCACGAA